AUGAGCGCUCAGGACGCAACCAAGGCUGAGGAGGGCGCCGACACUCAGAUGGACACUGGCUCUUUUGACAAGGGCAAGGGCAAGGCCGCCGCCAUGAACGAGGCCAUGGACGAGGACGACUCGGAGAACAGCGAGGAAGAGUGCGAACAGGCGAGCCAGAGGACGUCGAUGAGGACAACAUGGAGGAGAUCGAUCAGGACAACAUCGUUGCAAGCCGCACUCGCGGCAAGAACAUCGACUACGCCGAGGCCGCAAAGGAGCUGCCUGAGGAGGAGGAUGAGGAUGACGACGAGGACUUCCAGGACGACGACGCCAUGGAGGAAUGA